AUCAUCCUUUCCUUUCUAUGUUGUAAUAAAUAAUAAUUUCCUUUUUUUUUCUCUCUCGGGUUCUCUUUUUGGUUUUUUCGAUUCGAUCAAAACAAAGUUUUAAAGAAUCGAAAAACCAUAAGAAACACGAGAGAAAAAAGUAUAAAAAGAAAAAAAAAAUGAAUAAAAAGUUGGGUUGUGUGCUAUCAAUUUUGUUAGCAAUAACCUUGACCAUUUCAGUAAAUGGAGAGGAUCCUUAUUUGUUUCAUGAAUGGAAAGUUACCUAUGGCACCCUUUCUCCACUUGGUGUACCUCAAAAAGUCAUAUUAAUCAAUGGUCAAUUCCCUGGCCCUAGAAUCAAUGGAACUUCAAAUAACAAUGUUGUUGUCAAUGUGUUCAAUCAAUUAGAUGAACCACUUUUACUCACAUGGAGUGGUAUCCAACAAAGGAAAAACUCAUGGCAAGAAGGAACCCUAGGUAACAAUUGCCCCAUCCCUCCCGGUGCUAAUUUCACUUAUCGUUUCCAAGUCAAGGAUCAAAUCGGUAGUUACUAUUACUACCCUACCACAAGCACCCAUCGCGCUGCUGGUGGUUAUGGUGGUAUUAGUGUACUUAGUCGCGCUUUGAUCCCUGUACCAUUCGAGACCCCUGAGGCUGACCAUAUGGUCCUCGCGGGUGAUUGGUACACCAAGAGCCACGUCGAAUUGAAAAGGAUGUUGGACAGUGGACGUGCUCUUGGUAGGCCAACGGGCGUUCUUAUAAAUGGUAAGAGUGGUAAAGGUGAUGGUAAAGACGAGCCGAUGUUUACUGUGAUCGCUGGAAAGACGUAUAGGUUUAGGUUUUGUAAUGUUGGAAUGAAGGAUUCUAUUAACGUAAGGAUGCAAGGACACACAAUGAAGCUUGUGGAGAUUGAAGGUUCACACACAGUGCAAAAUGUGUAUGAGUCUAUUGAUAUCCAUUUGGGACAAUGCUUCUCUGUUUUGGUUACUGCUAACCAGGAACCAAAAGACUAUUACCUCGUGGUGUCCACGAGGUUCACUAAAGACUCACAUGUGGCCACAGCCACUAUCCGUUACGCUAAUGGUAAGGGCCCCGCCUCACCUGAGUUGCCUAAGGCACCCGAAGGGUGGGCGUGGUCCCUUAACCAGUUCCGUUCAUUCCGUUGGAAUUUGACAGCUAGUGCAGCUAGACCUAACCCUCAGGGAUCUUACCACUAUGGUCAAAUCAACAUCACCCGAACCAUUAAGCUAGUCACAUCAGCUGGACAAGUUGAUGGUAAACUACGUUACGCGUUGAACGGUGUGUCCCAUGUGGACACCGCGACCCCAAUCAAGUUGGCUGAGUAUUAUGGUGCAGGGGACAAGGUGUUCAAGUAUAAUCUGAUCAAGGAUGAAUAUGAACCUAAUCCAGGACAAGAUAAGAUCACAGUUGCACCUAAUGUGGUCAAUGCCACUUACCGCAACUAUGUUGAGAUAGUCAUUGAGAAUCAUGGCAAAACUGUUCAAUCAUGGCAUUUGUCAGGACACUCAUUCUUUGCUGUUGGAAUCGAACCAGGGAGGUGGGCCCCAGAGAGGAGAAAGAACUACAACUUGCUUGAUGCUGUGAGUAGAAACACAAUCCAAGUUUACCCAAAAUCAUUUGCAGUUAUAAUGACAACACUUGACAAUGCUGGAUUAUGGAAUUUAAGAUCAAAUUCAUUGGAGAGAAAUUAUUUGGGACAUCAAUUAUAUUUCAGUGUCCUUUCUCCAAAUAAAUCAAUUAAAGAUGAGUACAACAUGCCUGAUAAUGAUUUAUUAUGUGGCAUAGUUAAGGAUAUGCCAAAACCUACUCCUUACAAAGCUAAUUAAAAGAACAAAAUUAUUUUAUUCUUUUUUUUUUCUCAUUAUUUUGUGAAUUUUAUACAUUUUUGAGCCAAGAAAAAAAAAAAAAAGCUAAGGAGGAGAUAAAGUAUACAAAGGGGGUCAAGCUUUUUUCAACAAGUGGAACAGUAAGUUUUUUUUUUUUGUCUGUGUGUGUUUGUAAUUUUUUAUUUUUGAAAAUACCAAAAAAUUUAGUCUUGAUCAAUGAAUGCAUUAUUUGAUUUCAUGAUGCGUUCAUGUAUUAAUAAAAAACUUCAGAGAAUUUUGUCUUA